GAAGUCAUUUAAUUUGAUUUAAAGAUUUCUCGUAGGCGGCUAUGUUAACCACGUAUGCUCUCAGUGCCAAACCUUAAGACGGAAACAGAAAAAAAAUCGUUUUGCCUAAUAGUAGAUAUUAUUCUAUAUUUUUAAAGCAUACUCACAAAACAUUAACGCGAAAAUUAACAAAGUUAUGAAUUUUUGAAAAUUUAAGUUAUAGCAUAUGUGUCUAUGGGCCAGCGUCAAAUCUUCACCGUCACGAAUUUUAUUGCGCAAUCAUGAUGUGGUGCACUGGCAUAUCUCUGUACACGUUCGGUCUCUACUGAGUCUACUCUACUCAACUCAUCUGCUGUAUUCUGUUUUUUUUUCGUGACGAACUUGCUGUGACAUGAUACUUGGCAGUGGUAUGCCGUGCUGGUGAUACUCGCCAGAAUCAUUUUGUUUUACUCGUAAAGACGAUUAUCGGGAAAACAGAGAAAACUGAAACCUGAGAAGGCCCAAUAACCUGUUUAUGUAACCGUGCAGAGUACCGUCUGCAAAGCACUGUCAAUGGCUCCUCACUCGCACCAUCACGAGCAGCCCGUGGUGAAUGGCGCCGAGGACUCCGAAGAUGACAUUGAAUCCAUUGUGUCUGGCACGCCCAGUCCCGACCGGGAAGUAAUGACGGUAGAGCGUUUGCACAAACUGCACUUCCCGCCUAUCCAUCCCUCCGGUCCUUGGCGGCGUGCUUUCAACUUCCAGCGCAACGAGGCCGUCUUCUACCAGCUCGAUGAUUUCGCGCCCGGCCUGCCGGUGGUAACCCGUUGUCUACGACUAAAGGAUCUGCCCAACGUGGGCGUCCAACCGGAGAUGUAUCUGCGGGAAAUCAAGGAGGGCCCUCUGCAUCCCUUGUGGAUCCCUUAUUUCCUGGAUGAAGGCUGGUUCGUGCGCGGCUGGAAGGACAUCAAUACACUGGCGGAUUUCCUCGAGUACGGCGAUAUGCCCAAGGUGCGGGAACAGGAGGAGGCCUGGGAGUCGCUCAUGGAAGCGGAGGAUGGGAGUUGGAUUGAACGCCCCGAGCCGCCGCCUGGACCGCCCAAUCCCGCUCUCGAAAUUCCAGUCGUUGAUGGCCCUCCGAACGCAGCUGGUCCGGUACAUAUGGAUGCACCGUCCGUGGAUGGCGAUCAGGACGGAGCAUCGUCGUCAGCGGAAGUGGGAACCAUCCAAGUGCCGACCCCCCGCACCGCCCGGCCGCCGUCCCUCGCUUCCCUCCUGGGCCCUAAAAAGAUCCCCGCGCACAUGUCAGUUCGGGGGCGCCGUGCCCGAUCGGACACCACGGCCGUGUUGAAUCUCGCAACACUGACUGAAGAGAUCGCAGCACGGACUAGAGAGACCACAGCGCGCCCGUUGAAUCCCCAGGUGCCAUCCACUUUGUGCCUCGCGGAUGCCAGCGUUGGCACGGACAACCCCGAGGUGGUUCCCGAUCAGUCGAUGGAGAAUGUGGAGGCUCCCGUCGCAGUUAGCGCACCGAUGUCGGCGGAUGAUAGCGCGGUUGUGGAGAUGGAGCAGCCUGCCGUUUCUGUGAUGGAGCCAACUGAUGCACCGGUAUCGCUGGAUGAAAACGCAGUCGGAGAGGCGGAGCAGGCCGCUUCUUCCACCGCGGAAGAGCAGAUCGGUGCAUCAGUAUCGGCAGAUUCUAGCAUGGCCGUUGACGAGGAGGAACCUGCUGUUGUCCUUUCCCGAAAUUCCGUUGAGAAUUUUGUGUGCAGCCGAUGCGGUAAAAAAUUUGCCGGGGCCCGUUAUCUUAAACGUCACAAUAAUUAUGGAAAGUGUAGCCGAUUGGCCAAGAAUGCGGCUGCAGCCGGGAUGAGCGCUCCCGUUAACGGAGCCGAGACCCCGACACCGGAGGCGGCGCCUGUCGAAAAGGCUCGAAGCGAAGAAGAACUGGCUCUGGUUCGCGACCAUCGCGAGUUGGGUGACGCAGCAUAUAACGGCGCAUCUGUAGGGGAGUUGUCGGAUGUGGCCAUGGAUUCCCAGUUGGGACUCGCUUUGGCGCCAGGCGGAGUAGGUGGGUUGCUGGAUUAUUUGGAUUCCGCGCCAGUUUGUCCUCUUAAGCGAAAGGAAAGUAGCCAGGAAAUCGAACCAGUUGGCGCUCCAGCAGAUUCCUUGAACACUGUGCAUACUAACAACAAGCUGGCUAAAAGGAAGAGGGUCAAUUCAGCGGCGUCUAAGAAGCGUAAAUCGGAAGGUCGUAUCGAAUCCUCUGUCAGCGGUAGUAGUGUAGCUGGGCCGGAACCCUUGGCACUUACGAUGGAAGAUGGGACAGCCUUGGUACGCGACAUUUCGCCGGAACUCCAGGCACCAACGCCGCGACCCUCUUCGGCAUCGUUGGCCGGUGGCGGAUCGGGUCUGGAUGGGGCUGUGAUAAAGUCGGCUAAUAGCCGGAAACCCAGACGACGACGCCGGGUUUCGAAAAAGAACAGGUUCACCAAGCGAGUGAUUCGUGGUGCGGCUCAAGUGAUCACUUUGCUGCCCUCAACUACCGACGGUCUUCUGAAAAAGGUUCCAGGUCCAGGAGAGGAAAAUAUAAGAGAGCUCCGAAAGCCACUCCGAAAGCCACUCCGAAAGCCGCUCCGAAGCAGAAUGGUGCUGGGCCCAGAAAAGGACGAUUGUCUGGAGUUGGAGUGGAGCCUUUCACGGUGGAACCAUUAAAUGUGAAAGAUGGGCCGAAGAAGAAGUAUAAAUCACGCAAGCGAGUGCGCGCCCCAACCGGCAUCAGGGAUGUGAUUGAAGCAGCGGAGGUUGAGAAGCAGAAGAAUCCGCGCAAAAGCGAGGAAAGGUAGUAGCGGAGGAGCCGUCUGCGGGGACGGCGGGGGUGGGUGAAAGGUCGUUUCCGUGUCCGGAAUGUAAGGAAGUGUUUAGCGCUGAUCACAUACGGCAGGAGCACGUGAAUAAUCACCACGGAUCAACGAUGGCCGCCGUCCUGGCCGAGCGGGAUCCCGGAAAGGCACUCUUGUGCCGUAUUUGCAAUAAAUUCAUUGCCAGUCCCAGGCUGAAGAAGCACGCGGCUGAUUGUAUCAUGAAGAAGGUGGCCUCCAAAAUUAACGCUUACAAGAAGAAAUGAGCCGAGUGAAGAACGAACGAACACAAGCGGUAAACAGCGCGCAAUGUUCAAGAAGGAAUGGGUGAAGCUGAAUCUGUUGAAAAAAUGACUGCAGUUUGCAAUUGUGGAUUCUUCAUAUUGAGUUGGAAUGGAUUCUUCAUAUUGAGUUGGAAUGGACGAGUGGUUUUUUGGCUGCGUUGGAUAUCAUUUUCCUGGCUUUCUUUGAUUUUUGUUCCUCGCACAUCGCGGCACAUGUAUAAAUGGAAUUGUUUUAUUUUUGUUAAUUGUGUUAUCGUCGCACCGGGUACUGGAUAAAGAGGCGUCCUGCAGAGUGGCUCAAUGGUUCUAACUUCUGUGUUGCGGGACGAAGCGGAUUUAUCGCUGAAUCUAAAAUCUGAUAGUACAGUAUAAUAGAAGAUUUUGUCUGUUAGAAUAUUAUCUCUCUAACAAUUUUGUCGAUAUAUGUUGGGAUUAAGCACAGUUUUUGCUGCAGUUGAUUGUACCGUUUUUUAUCGCAAACAAUUGUUUUCAUUCUGUUGCAAAACUAAUAAAUAAAGAUGGAA